AUGCACUGCUUGCGAUGCAGAGCUCUGCGCCUACACACAUUUGGCGCCCUCAUUCUCUUCCUGCCUUCGCUGCACUACGGCGGCGAGCUCAUGUUGACGACGUCAGCGCCCAUCACGAGCGGUGGCGCAUCGCACUCGUCUUGCAUCCCGCACCUGCCGACGAGCGUGUCGACGUCACCGCCGUCUCAACGCGACGCGAUUGUCACCUUUGCCGCGAUCGCGGCAGCCCCACGGGUGGAGCAGCAUCGACUUGACGUGGGACGCGCACGUUGCCGAUGUGCUCUUGGCCACGGCGUCUACGACCUCUUCCUCACCGAGUUUGACGAUGCCAUGCCAGACAGCGGGGAUGAAGAUGACGAGUGGACGCUAACGAACCCGAUUGAGACCUGCGUGGCGCAUCCUGCGUGUGCGAUCCCCGACAACGUCAUCGACGCCCUCCUCGGCUGA